CUUUGGUUAUCAUUUUUCGAAUCUCUGGAUUUAAAUUCUGGUGCUGUCACUGACUCUUCACCAGAUUCCCGAAAAUCGACGAUAUCUCUGUUUGGCAGAAAAAGCAAUGACUCAAAAGUGUCAAAAUCACAUAGUGUUGCUGUCUCAUCGAUCUCUUCUACGUCUUUCCCACCUCCUAGUUUAAAUAAUCAGCAUCAAACUCCAAUCUCAGGCUCAAAAGAAAAUUUUUUUACGCCAGUUGGAUUUUCUACACCCUUUAAUUCCGAAAAAAUGCCUCGUCUAUUCCGACGCACAUUCUCACGACAAGUACCAACCCCUGAUUCUUUGGAUACUAAUUUCACUCCGAAAAUUGUUGCUAGUCGAAGUAGUAAGGGUACACCAUAUCCCCGACCACCUGCCUCAAUCACCUCAACAAAUUCCGAGUAUCCGGAUAUGUCUCCGCCAGUCACGAUUCAAUUUUCAGUUCCACCAUCUAUAUUACUUAAAACGCCUGCUAAGGAAGCGGCAAAAUGUAUCGUGGAUGAUGUGUUGAAUAUGGCAAGUCCAGUUCCAUCAACACCUUCAGAACUAAAUAAUGCUUCCAUUUUGCCGGAAUCCGUGAUAAAAUUUGAUGAAAAUGAUUCAGAUUCGGAAUUCGGUGAAUUUUUCAGACUUUAA